AUGCAAACCUUCAAGAAACUUUUUCGAUCGCUAACUUCCCUAUCCGGCCGCGGAAAGAAAGAAAAGAGAGAGAGAGGGAUUUGCCCAGGAUGCAGAAGAAUAUUCUUUGUGCCAAAGAGAGGAGUGGAAUUGUCUUGCAGAUAUUGCGGUGCAAGUUGCUGGCUACCCAAUGAAGAAAAUGUGCUUCCUUUAGGUCCUGCCCCAACUGCAUAUACUGCCCCAACUGCAAAUCCAUUUGCAAGUCAAACAGGAGGACGUCGACCGGGUUUAGGAAGAAGACAAGGGUAUACUCCACCAGCACCCGUGCUGGAAGUCCCAUCUAAUACCUAUCCGCCACCAACUCCAGUUUCCACCAGACCUGAACGCAAACAUGAAGCUGUUGCUCUGGUGGAGAGCUUGCAUGGGUUUGUAGCAACGUGGGAGGACAUUCAACAGUCUGACAGGCAGCAGAUUCCUUCAAGUGGUUACACACAAGCUGGACUUGCUAUACCACCAAAGGCUUCGAGUUGUCCUGGAAAAUCGAGACUCAGUGAGCGUGCGGAAGAGGAUUACUUUAGUCCACCUGCUCGUCUUCGACGGAGGCAGCAAAGCAGAGAGGGAGUGUGCUCCUGGAUGAGCUGA